GUCUCUGAGCCCCGGCCCCGUCUCUGCGGCCCGGCCCCGUCAGGCCCCGGCCCGCCCGGACGAUGGGGAACUGCCUGAAGUCCCCCACCUCGGAUGACAUCUCCCUGCUGCACGAGUCCCAGUCCGACCGGGCCAGCUUCGGGGAGGGCACCGAGCCCGACCAGGAGCCGCCGCCCCCAUAUCAGGAACAAGUGGCGGUUCCCGUGUACCAUCCGACGCCCAGCCAGACGCGGCUCGCCACCCAGCUGACGGAAGAGGAGCAGAUCCGGAUAGCGCAGAGGAUCGGCCUCAUACAGCACCUGCCCAAGGGGGUUUACGACCCCGGCAGAGACGGCUCGGAGAAGAAGAUCCGCGAGUGUGUGAUCUGUAUGAUGGACUUUGUGUACGGAGACCCGAUCCGGUUCCUGCCCUGCAUGCACAUUUACCACCUGGACUGCAUCGACGACUGGCUCAUGAGGUCCUUCACCUGCCCCUCGUGCAUGGAGCCUGUGGACGCGGCCCUGCUCUCCUCCUACGAGACUAACUGAGCCCGUGCCCACCCCCCCGCCUCCCGCCCUUCCCUCCGGGGCCCCGAGGGGCCACUCACGGACCACCCCCACCCCCGAACAGCUUGACACCGGGGCAGGUGGAAACACCACGUCCCCCCCACCCCCAUCCCGCCGGCGACCCACGAGGCCGCGGAGAGGAUCGGGGAAGCGUUCUUCCCCAAAGUCUCAGCUCGUCGUCCUGGAUGUCGUCGAAUUCAGCGCCGACGGUUCUCCUGGAGCAAGGGGCUGCCCUCGUCGGGGGUCCGAAACCAUGCCCGGGAAAGGGGGAGGGGGAUCAUCCGUUCUUUUAUUUCUGACAGUCUCCAUGGUCGCCGGCCUCUGGGCCGGCGGGGUGGGAGGGCUCCGUUCUAGGGCGGCCGGCAUGGAGCCUCUUUGAGCUUUGUUUGCACACUUCCAUUCUCCCCCAGAAAUGGAGUCCAUUGCCUUAGGUCGUCUUCCGCAGCAGCGUAGUGUUGGCGGGGACGGCCGGAUGCUUAAACACGUUCAUUUAGCACCUGCCGAGAAGUGCUCCCUUCUGCUGGCUGGUAGGGUUAAGCAGAAUUCAAAGUGCUUCUCCCAUCCCAGCUCUGUAAGCAAACGGAGGGUCCCCCCAACUCUCUCUGCUCUUCAAGAUGACAUAGGGCCAGGGUGCUAGGAAGCCCGGGGUAGAAACGGAUGGGACUCGUACCUAACUUGCACCCGCUUUCAGGCCAGCGGGGCUCAAGCCAGACAAAACUUUCCCUACGGAGAUCUCUGAUGGGCCGGACAUGAGCCAGGGCUCCGUGCUUGGGUCGAGGAGACGAGCGAAGGUCAGAGGAAGAACCGUGCUCCCUUUCCCACUUCUCAAGCACCGUCGUGGCCAGGGGCUGCUGUCUCUGCCUCCGGGAGCUGGGUCGCAGUGACUCGGUUGGGCAGAGCUCAGUCUGGGAUCAGUCACCGGCGAGCAGACCUGAGGAUGGCAGAAAAGGCUUUCGUGUCCUGUGCGCACGCUCAGACACAAACACGCAUACACAAACGAACACAGACACUCAAACAUGAUUUCAGAAUAACCCUGCUGAAAAUUCUCCCCCUCUCCUCUGUCUCUUGCAGCCGAAUUCAGAGCGCUGUGAGUCUGUAAGCCUCAGAAGUGAAAAAACAAAAAACUGAAAAUAAUUCCGUGUUUUUUGGUAGAGACAGUCUAGUAAAGGUGUGGUAGUAAUCCCUUUAACCAUUAGCUCAUGGUGGUUUUUCCUUCAUGUACUUUACGUGGUGCUCACGUAUCCCACCCGGAGCCGUUCCUUUCCUCUGACCUCCGAUCCCCCGAGCGAGGUGCGGCCCCGGCCGUUCUCCCGACUGCCCGGCUCGUGUCCGGCCGAGUUCCGGAGGGGGCGGGUUGGCGUUGGCAGACCCGGGGGCCCGGAGGGGGACACGGCGCAUGCUGAGGAAGGGACUGGCGGCGUCACCACCGGUCGGGGCGGAGGAGCUCGUUCACCCUCUCCCCGUGGCCGCCGCGGAAAGGCCCGCUACCUCCGGGAGGGCCACGGGAAGAAAAUUCCAAACCGGGUUCCCAGACGUUCACGGCGCUCGAAGCGUCGUCUGUUCGUCGGGAUCCCUUUGCACGAAGCAGACCGGAGAGGAAAGACCAGCAGGUGUGCAAUAUUAUCCGGGAGCUACACCGGUGCAUCUUGGGGGUGUUCUUUGGAAAUGUGAUGCCCCCUCUCCCCCCGCCCCCCACCCAAACCCCCAUGGCGUCGGGUGUAUUCUAGCCAGACUUUAUUUUUCUUUUUUUCUAGCUUGUGAAAAUUGGCAAAAGAACUAUUUUUUUAACAUCUUCCAUGUUGCUGUUAGUCUUUUAUUUAUUACAAGGCUUGGUUAGGAAGCGUUGGGAAGGAUUCUCGCAGUGACUUGGGUCUGCUCCAUUGCAUCCUUUUCUAGACACUUUAUACUGUUGGACUUUAACACUGAGCUCCACACACUAUGUUAAAAACGUAAAUAUCUGCUUUUACUAAGUUGUGAGAAAGUCACGAUCCAGUUGUCCGGGGCUACGUUGAGAGCCGAUGGCUCUGAGAACAUUCCAGAAGCAGCCCUCUGUUUGACUAGUGACCUGUAAAUAGAGUGAAUAAACAAAUCGAUUUUAAGACUCCA